GCCAGAUCGUCUCCUUCCUAGAAACCCCAGCCAGAUCGUCUCCUUCCUAGAAAGCCUAGGACCAGGCGGCGGCGGAUGAGCCUGAUGUCUAACCCUGUUAGCCAGAUCUCAACACAAAAAAGAGAGCGAGGGUGUGUGGCGGCUGGGGAUAUUAGUUCUUCCAGCCCCGAGAUGGAGAUGACGGAUCUAAAUCGUAAGAUGGAGCUCGCAUGCUUUCAUCAGAUCCUCAAAGAACUCGAUAAGUUUGUCGAAGACCUCUCCUCCUAUUCGAUCACGACCUGUUCGUCGGGUGAUUUGCUGCCUGUUUUGCGCAUAAGACUGUCAAAAUUGCGUAAAUCAUAUGCUUGUAUUACGAGGUUGUAUUCUCGCACGCCGGAAGGCAGUUCCCCUUUCAGGAUUCCACGUAGGGUGCGGGAUGCAGUGGUGUGGAAGCCUUCUGAGGUGGAGAUGGACAGAGGCAAAUCCUUCUUGGAGGAGCAGGAGAUUUGUCCAGAAGUUACCCAUGAGGUGCAGGAGGAGACAAACUUGGAGCUUAAUCUCAAGGAUCUGAACAUACCCGGAUUCAAAUUGGACAAAGAAAAUUGGGAAUCUUCAUUCCUCCUGGACGGAGAUGAUACUGGUGGUGGUGAUGAGGACGAGCAUUUGAACAUAUUCGGAUUCAAAUUGGACAAAGAAAAUUGUGAAUCUUCCUUCCUAGACGAACAUGAUACUGGUGGUGGUGAUGAGGAAGAGGGGGAGAUGGACAGUGAGAAUCCCCCUAUGGAGGAGCAGGUGCGGAGUAUUGGCUCCAAAUUCGAAUUCGAGAUAGGGGCAGAGAUGGUGCUGCGUCCGGCUUAUUUAAACACAUUGGACAAAUCAACAGUAGAAUCAGUAUCUUCCAGAUUGGAGGUUCAUGACAAUGAGGAGAUCGACAGAGGCAAAUCAGAAGAACAAUUAACCCUGGAGAAGGAGGAGAUGGUGGCUGAGGAAGAGGAUUUUACGUGUUACAGAAGUGACUGGGAAUCUUCAUGGGGAUCAGACGGUUGCGGUUUCUUCGAAGACAUGACGCAAGUGAGUUCCAUGCACUUCACACACUUGACACCUAAACGCAAUCGCUUGGAGAAUGGUAUCAUGGAUACCACCUUGCAGAUUUUCUCCAUCAAACUCACAGAAAUUAAAGGUGGCUUCAGAUGGCCAUUGUCUGUAUAUGGUGUGGUUGCUGCCCGGGAUGCUGUUGAUCACAAUCGCAACCUUCUCUUCUGCCUCAGUAGGAGGAUGAGUCAAAAAAUCAAGCAAGGCGAUCCUUUUUUGCGCUUGAUUGGUCCGUCUCGUGCAAUUGUGUUCAAAGAUCCUGUUGACUUUGAAAUUCAACUGAAAGUUCAAUUUGGAGCACUGUCGCAAGAUAGAGCAUUGAUCAGUGGGACGUACCAUUAUGCCGGACGUGGCCUUGGUGCAAAAAUAAUUUGCUUUGAGAACUGCUUCUGCAAAAUCGAGUUAUGCUUAGAGCGAGUUGUAGAGACGGUCCAGGCCACUGUCUGCAGUGUACGUAUUCUCAAACAGGGGUCUCAAGUUUUUAAAUAUGGAUGUCGACUGGCUUGCUCAAUGACAUCAUGUUCAUGUAAGCUCAUUGAUGGUAAAGUCACUUAUACUACUAAUGCCCCAUCUGGUGAAGUUGUGCUGCUUAAUUCUCAUUCUCCACCAAUGUCUGAGGGUUCAGAUGGUUAUAUUGAUCUGGACCGGCGUGUUGUUUCUGUACAACUUGAUGGAAGCCUGGAAGUUGUCAUACAAGCCUACUCAGCAUCCGGUGAUAUCGCUGCACAAGGUCAUGUCUCCUUCGCACCCAAAUCGUGCAGCGUAAGUCAGGAUAAUCUUUUUGUUGGCGAUGCUCAGGUGGAGAUUACGGUUGCUUGGUCACUUCUUGUCGAGAACAAGCGUGAUAUUGCUGGACAAGGGUGGGUGUUUGAAACUUCCCAUCUUGAACAUUGAUGUGGUUCUUUGGCGAUGAGGGCUGGACAAAGGCCAACCAAACAUUUGAUGUGUCCAUUUGGCUUGUUUAAUUAUCUCUUGUUUUCUUAGUUAUCAAUGUAAGAUGUACAACUAUUCGUGCAGUUGUCUGAUUUUGUUCUGGUAUCGACUGUAACUUUGAAGUUA